AGUAGGAGGUUAUCAUGGCCCUCAGACUGGUCUCCCCAGUAGGGCUGUUGUCUGACGACGAAGCUGCAAGCUCUCCUGUCCUGGAAUCCACGGUGGCAGAGAGUGGAGCUGGUUUGCGCAGAGCUCUCCUGCCAGAUUUCUCUGCCAUCUAUGUGAGCCAUGAGCAGGCUAUAUCCAAUGACAAUGGGAAGGUGAAGGUGUAUGCAAGAGUGCGGCCCCUGAAGCCGACAGAGGUGGAGAAGCAAGAGGAUCAAGGCUGCGUCUGUAUUGAGAAUCCUGAGACACUUCUCCUCAAAGCCCCUAAAGAUUCCUUCACCAUGAGAAAUAUGGAGCGAGGGGUUGGCCAAGCAGUGCACAAAUUCACCUUCACCCGGAUCUUUGGGCCAGAGGUGGACCAGAAGUCUUUCUUUGAUGCAACAAUGAAGGAAGUGGUGAAGGAUGUGCUCAAUGGGCAGAACUGGCUUGUUUACACCUAUGGAGUCACUAAUUCAGGGAAGACUCAUACCAUCCAGGGAAGUGGUACUGAUGGAGGGAUCCUGCCUCGUUCCCUGGGUAUCAUAUUCAACAGUAUCGGGACACGGCUGUACCGGGCCACAGACUUGAAGCCCUUCCUCUCGAGCGAGGUUACCUGGCUGGACAGCAGGCAGAUUCGUCAGGAGGAGACUAAGAAGCAGGCUCUGCUAUGUGGCGGGAUGAAGGAGGAGGAGCUGUUUGCCUCUCUGAACAAGAGCCACAGCACCACGUCCCAGCUCCAAGCAGGCACAAGCGGGAGCAUUGACAGUGGCAUCGGUGGCCUCUCUUCCAGCUACCCGUCUGUCAACCAGACAAGCAGCAGCCAGCUGGAAGAGAUGGGUCCUCGCUGGGCUGAUCCAGAUAAUGUCUCACUGAUGGCUCAAGAGGAUGUGCAAUUUUCCAUCUGGGUCUCCUUCUUUGAGAUCUACAACGAACUGAUUUAUGAUUUGCUGGAAACUGCUGUGCCUGGCCGAAACCGCAAGGGACCCACGCUGCGGCUGUGCGAAGAUCAGACUGGCAGCCCCUACGUCAAAGAUCUGAACUGGAUCAAUGUUCAAGAUGCUGAUGAGGCCUGGAAGCUGCUGAAACUGGGUCGGAGAAAUCAAAGCUUUGCCAGCACCCACAUGAACCAGAACUCCAGCCGCAGCCACAGCAUCUUCUCCAUUCGAAUUCUACACCUACAGGGAAGCAGUGGUGAAAUGGUCCCAAAGAUCAGCGAACUGUCGUUAUGUGACCUGGCCGGCUCCGAGCGCUGCAAAGAGCAGAGAGCUGGGGACCGGAUGAAAGAGGCAAAUAACAUCAACACGUCUUUGCAUACGCUGGGGCGUUGCCUCACUCUGCUGCGCCAGAACCAGCAGACUAGGUUGAAGCAGAGCGUCGUGCCCUUCCGAGACAGCAAGCUAACGCGCGUGUUCCAGGCUUUCUUCACAGGCCGUGGGCAGUCCUGUAUGAUCGUUAACAUCAACCCUUGCGCUUCAUCGUACGAUGAGACCCUCCAUGUGGCCAAGUUCUCUGCCAUUGCCAGCCAGCUCAUACAAGCUCCGACGAAGGUGGGAGCCCUGUCCAUCCAUUCUCUCAUCAAGGAACACGGCAUUCGGACAUCCAAGGCGGCCCCGAGGGCCCUUGUAGAAGAAAUGGAACCUGACGACGAGAGCGAGGAUGAAGCAGACGUGACCGUGUAUGAUAAAGAGGACCUAUUGCGUGUGGUUGAGGCUGUGCAAAACCUGCUGCUGAAGGAGCGCCAGGAGAAGCUUCAGCUGGAAAUGCGUCUCCGUGAUGAGAUCUGCAAUGAGGUGAUGGAGCACGUGAAGCAGAGGGAACAGUGGAGCAGCGAUCAGAUGGACAGCCAAAAGGAUACACUGGAGGACAUGUAUGAGGCCAGGCUGAACAUCCUGAAGGAGUCGCUGACUGAUUAUUACAUGGAGGAGAUUGAGAGCCGGGAUGAAAAGAUCGAAGAGCUGGAAGCUGCCUUGCAAGAAGCCAAACAGCAGCAGGAGCCCCAAGAGAGCAAGCAGCAGGAGAUGGAGGAGGAGACUCCGCGGCGCUCCAGGCGAGUGGCCUCAGCCCAGCAUCAGCACCCGGAGCUGCUGGAAAUGAGAGCCAAGCUGAGCGCCGCCACCGAAGAGUUGCGCAAGUACCGGAAGAUGCUUGAGCCUCCGCCUUCUGCAAAGUCCAUCACAGCAGAUGUGGACCGUAAGCUAGAAGAAGGCCAAAAGAAUGUGCGGAUGCUGCGUUCUGAACUGCAGGAACUUGGGAAGUCCCUCCAGUCUGCCGAAAGAGCGUGUUGCCACAGCACAAGUGCUGGGAAGCUCCGUGAGGCCCUCUACAAGUGUGACAACAUCCUGGGCAAGCAGGACCAGACCCUAGCCGAGCUUCAGAACAACAUGAUGCUAGUGAAGCUGGAUAUGCGGAAGAAAGCAACCUGUAUUGCCGAGCAAUAUCAAACUGUACAAAAGCUCCAAGCAGCAGCAGCGCUACCACCACCAUCUACUUCUUCCGUCAAAAAACGGUUCUGUGACAACAAUGAAAAUAUGCAGCCCAGAAGUCAACCUCUUGUCAAGAAACCUUUCUUGCACAACUUCCUAACUCGCUCCACAGCCCAGCCUGCUAUGACGACAGACAGCCCCUACACUCGUAUCUUACGAGCCCGGGCGCCUCCAACAUUCAAGCCCAUAACCUUUGGCAAAAAACACUGAAUGUGUUUGCGCUGUAGGGUCGUAGCAGGGCAUUAGCAACCGGUUGCUGCCUUUAAAUGUAAUUGGUUGGAUCCAGGGUUAGUCAUACUCAGAAUAGCCUCAUUGAUUUCAGUGGGUGAGCUCUGAGCAUAAGCAGUCUGGAUCCAACCCUGUGUAUAUAAAUUAUUUUGUGUUUAGCCUGAGAGUUCUGUAAAUCUUUGGCUUCCCAAAGAUGGUUACUAUGCAUGUCCCCUGUUUCUUUCAGGCCAGCUGCUAUUCCAGUGUAUAUGUAACCUGGAUUUAUAAUCCUUCUCUACUUUAUUUUUCAAGCUGCUUACAUGUUUCUG